AUGGAGAACAUGUUUCGUUUGAUGGAUCACGAUCAGGACGUAACAACAAACCGGUGCAUUUGGGUCAACGGACCGGUCAUCGUAGGAGCAGGACCGUCGGGAUUAGCGACGGCGGCUUGUCUCCGGGAACAAAACGUUCCUUUCGUCGUCCUUGAGAGAGCAGAUUGUAUUGCUUCUCUGUGGCAAAAACGUACUUACGAUCGUCUCAAGCUUCACCUUCCCAAGCAGUUCUGCCAAUUACCGAAAAUGCCCUUCCCGGAGAGUUUCCCUGAGUACCCCUCGAAGCGUGAGUUUAUCGAUUACCUCGAGUCUUACGCUUCCCGUUUCGAGAUCAACCCAAAGUUCAACGAGUGUGUGCAAACCGCCCGGUUCGACGAGACCAGCGGGUUGUGGCGAGUCAAGACCGUGUCGAACGCUGAGUCGACUCGUUCCGAGGUCGAGUAUAUUUGCCGGUGGCUUGUGGUGGCUACCGGAGAAAAUGCGGAGAGAGUGAUGCCGGAGAUCGAAGGGCUUUCUGAGUUUUCCGGUGAGGUGAUUCACGCUUGCGAUUAUAAGUCCGGCGAGAAAUUCGCCGGGAAAAAAGUGCUAGUCGUUGGUUGUGGAAACUCCGGCAUGGAAGUCUCUCUUGACUUAGCUAAUCAUUUCGCUAAGCCUUCCAUGGUCGUUAGAAGCUCCGUUCAUGUGAUGCCAAGAGAAGUAAUGGGGAAAUCGACGUUUGAGCUUGCGAUGAAUAUGCUAAAGUGGCUUCCUUUAUGGCUCGUAGACAAGAUAUUGCUGGUUUUUUGUUGGUUCGUGCUUGGAAACAUCGAGAAAUACGGUUUGAAACGACCCGAGAUGGGUCCGAUGGAGCUAAAGAGCGCGAAAGGCAAAACGCCGGUGCUUGACAUCGGAGCUCUGGAGAAGAUCCGAUCAGGAAAGAUCGAUGUGGUUCCAGGGAUCAAAAGAUUUAACGGAAACCGAGUCGAACUUAUUAAUGGAGAACAACUCGACGUCGACUCAGUUGUGCUUGCCACUGGUUAUCGCAGCAACGUCCCAUAUUGGCUACAGGAGAGUGAGUUCUUUGCAAAGAAUGGUUUCCCGAAAACAGCGGUUGGAAGCAGCGGUUGGAAAGGAAGGACUGGAUUGUAUGCGGUUGGGUUUACGAGGAGAGGGCUCUCAGGUGCGUCAAUGGACGCGGUUAAGAUCGCACAAGACAUAGGCUCUGUUUGGAAACUAGAAACUACACAGCCAACAAAACGCUUGACGGCUUCUUCUCAUCGACGAUGUAUCUCUCAACAGUUCUAAUUUUAGGAGAAAGAUUAGAGUUUUAGGACAGAGAUAGAUCACAGAUAGAGAAAAGCAAAGAAGAAUGAGCCCUCUCCUGAAGAAGACCCAAAGUGAAUCAAAAGGGUGUUGUGUGUGUUUGUUUUUUUGUGUUACCUCCUCCACUUGUUGUUUUGGGUGUUUUGUGUAAACAGAGGAUGA